AUGCGCCUGUCACCUACCCAAUCUGCUCGACUCUCCUCUCAGCUUGUCCGUCGAACUCAGUCCCAGUCGCUCUCUUCUCAAAAUGACGAUAUCUUUACCGACAGUCUGCGCAAGACCUUGGACGCCCAUCGCGCCUCAAAUCGCGCCCGUCUGAUCCGCAAAGUCUACCCUCGACAUGAUCCCCCGGGCCUGUUUCGGCCCUACAUCCCACCGGAGAAUCGGGCAGGGUAUCAACCACCAUCUCCACAAUCAGAGCUACCAGCGGAGAUUACCGAACCAGCCUCGUCUGAUCAGACGCCAACGACGGCAAUCCCGGUGACAACGGCCACCAGGCGGUCACGGUCUCGCUCACGGAAACAAACCCCAGAAUUCAAUAGUGCAGCACACCCCCGGCCCGAGGAUCAUGCCAUUCACUCGGUGGGAGCAGUGGACUCUGGUCGCGUAGGUCAACUGCCAUGGUUGCGCUAUGUACCGGCAACCAGAGGGGUGUCUGGGCCGGGCACACACAGCGAUGCCUCUGCAUAUCUGGAUGCCGAAAUCCAUGCACUGCAUCGCUACCUGAGCCCCACCCCAGCAGAACAGGGAACGAUUACACGACUCGGCGGGGAGAUUUCUUCCUUGUUGGAGUCUGUGGUUCCCUCCACUCCUCUCCUCAUCGGGUCUCGACGUACAGGCCUGGCGCUGGCGCAUUCAGAUCUCGAUUUCCUCCUUCCUUUCAAAGACAGCUCCCGAUCCUGGGACCGGGCUCGCCGGCCGAGUCCGAACCGACCACAGAUCCGGGACGCGCAUCUGACUCUGCUGCGUCGGGUGGAGCAAAAGUUACGAGAGAUCCCGGCAUUUCAAUUCGAUCAUCGAUCUCCAUCACAACAACGAGAUCAAAAAGAACCGGACUCGGUCUACUUGUCUCGGUGGCCUAGUCUUGUCCUGGAGGCUCGUCACCGUCCAACAGGCCUGUUACUGCAAUUUUAUUGCGGUGAGGAUAUCCCCGCCCUGACCGAGUAUAUUCAAGACUAUCUCGUCGAAUACCCCUCUCUGGCACCGCUGUACACCAGCGCGCGCAUCCUUCUCGAAGCCCGCGGUCUCUUUGGAUCUCCUCGCGCGAAGACAGACACAGACACACGCACACGCACAGAAGCGGGAAUCAGCCCCGACGCCCUCCUCAUGCUCCUGGUCGCAUUCUCCAAACUUCACCACGGUCGAUUUCCCGGCCCGCACCGCCUCGGCGAUCAAUUCCUCGCCUUUCUCAAACUCUACGGCCGAGACAUUGAUUUUAGAACCACCGGAGUCGCGGUCGAUCCUCCUGGCUUUUUCAACGCUAAAACCAUUUCUGUCACCACUCCUCCUCCCUCUUCGUCCUUGACAAGGCCAAAAAUAAACCACUCCAGCACCAAGCCCACCCCAUCCACCCACGUUGAAAUCCCCGCCGCUUUACGCGGUCAACGCUCCCUGCUCGCCGCCAAACGCACAGCCGCCGCGCGCGGUAACUUCUCCGCAAGUCGACGACUCUGCGUGCAAGAUCCCACCCAUUACAUGAAUGAUCUGAGUCGAUCGUGUACGCGCACGGCUCAAAUUCAGAGUGCCUUCGCCGACGCGUAUGAGCAGUUGCAGAAGGGUUGUGAUAUGUGGGAAUAUAAUAGAUCUGGACCUGGGUCUGCAUCUGGUCCUGGUUCUAAGAAUUCCAAUUCCACCAUCUUGGGAAUGGCGUUGCGGGCUAGAUUUGAUGGACUGGAGAGAAUUAGGGAGGGAAUUGUCAAAGAUGAUGGUUGCUAA